AUGGUCAAGCUCGAGCCUUUCGAGGUUGAGCAGUGGAUGGACAAAUACGAAACAACACCUGGAGUCUUGAAUAUUGCUGAGACAUGUGCCGCCAGUAUCUCAAUUGACACUCUUGUGUCCUUGUGCGAAGACCCUAAUAUCCCACAUCCACUCAACACUUCAACAAAGCUCAAAUAUGGCUCCAUUCGAGGCUCACAGGCGCUGCGAGAACGGCUUGCUUCUCUGUACUCCGUACGAGUCUCGACUCCACUUCCAGCCGAAAAUAUCCUCAUCACCCCCGGUGCUAUUUCUGCCAAUUUCCUCCUUCUAUACACGCUGCUUGGACCUGGAGACCAUGUCAUCUGCGAGCACCCUACAUACCAACAGCUUUACGAUGUACCCAGGAGCCUAGGUGCAGAGGUCUCGCUAUGGAAGCUUCGACGGGGACAGAAGUUCAUACCAGAUUUGGAAGACUUGAAGGAGUUAGUGAGGGACAACACCAAAAUGAUUAUCAUAAAUAAUCCCAACAACCCAACCGGAUCAACGACCCCCAAAUCUGUUUUGCAAGGCCUUGUGGAUUUUGCUAAGGAGCGGGAUAUCAUGAUCCUGUGUGAUGAAGUCUACCGACCUCUGUUUCACAGCAUAUCUCCUGCAGAUCCAGAUUUCCCUCCGUCCAUUGUGUCUUUGGGGUAUGCCAAGGCUAUCAGCACGGGCUCAAUGUCAAAAGCUUACAGUUUGGCUGGCAUACGACUGGGCUGGAUGGCAUGUCGAGACCGAUCGAUAGUCGAGGCCAUUGCUUCUGCUAGAGACUACACCACCAUAUCCGUCUCGCAGCUCGACGAUCAAGUCGCCACAUACGCCCUCUCCCAAUCUGUCCUACACGCUCUACUAGGGCGUAAUCUUAAGCUUGCUAAGACGAACGUUGCCAUGCUGGAGAAGUUCAUUGAUCGCUGGAGUGACGUCUGCUCUUGGGUAAGACCAACCAGUGGAACUACAGCUCUUGUCAAAUUCGAGAAGGAUGGUAAACCUGUUGAAGACGUGCAGUUCUGCCUUGACGUUCUGGAGAGCACCAAGGUCAUGUUCCUGCCAGCUUCAAAGUGCUUUGGUGCGGAAUUCAAAGGCUACGUACGCAUCGGAUUUGUGUGCGAGACUGCGGUUCUGGAGGAAGCGUUGAAGCAACUCACGCUUUAUGUUCGCAAGAAUUUGCUGUAA